UAAAGAGGUACUUUUUUUUUAAAUUGUGAACAUAACAAAUCACUGUUUCUUUGCUGUUUCAUUGCUUUUCUUCUACUCCCCCAAUCCACCCCACCUCCUCGUACUCUUAAGAAGAGUGGCUGCGGAGCCCAGUAAUUAGAACCCCUCCUCAUACUCCAGUCUUUUUCUCAUAAAUUCCUCAACUCCCCCCGUGGCCAAACCUCACCAGCACCACCUCUUCACCACCACUGAAUACAGUAUGAAAAAUUACGAAGCAUAACUGCCUUUUUUUUCCACCAAAAAAUAAAAGAAAAUAAAAAAAAUUAAUUAAAUCUUUUCCAAUCCCUUUUUGUAUUUUGAUUUGUACUUUGUUUUUGUACCAUGAUGUUCUUGCAAAGGUUUUGUUUAUUAACCAUUGUUGUUUUGUUGAAUUUUGAUGGAGAUAUAAAAUUUGGAGCUUGUCUGACUUCCGACGGCCUGUCUUUACUUUCCUUGAAGUCCUCCGUGGAUGCCGCUGCCGCCGCCUUUUCCGACUGGAAUGAGAACGAUGCAACGCCGUGCCAGUGGAGCGGAAUUUCAUGCAUGAACGUCUCCGGCUCGGCGGACCCGCGUGUUGUAGGCAUAUCCGCUGCGGGUAAGAAUCUCCGGGGGUAUAUUCCGUCGGAGCUUGGCAGCUUGAUUUAUCUCCGGCGUCUUAAUUUGCAUGAUAACAACUUUUAUGGCUCCAUUCCCGAUCAACUGUUCGAUGCUUCAUCACUGCAUAGCAUCUUUCUCCACGGUAAUAAUCUCAGCGGUUCUCUGCCCCCCUCUAUGUGUAACCUUCCACGCCUCCAAAAUCUUGAUCUUUCGAAAAAUUCCAUUUCCGGGACACUCCCGAAGUUUCUGAGGAACUGUCGGCAGUUGCAAAGGCUUAUUCUGGCCGGAAAUGAUUUUUCUGGCGAGAUUCCGGAGGGGAUCUUCCCGGAACUUGCCAAUUUGGAGCAGCUUGAUCUCUCGGCAAACGAAUUCAAUGGUUCAAUCCCAGUAGAUAUAGGAGAAUUGAAGUCACUUUCAGAGACUUUGAAUUUGUCAUUCAAUCAUUUUACUGGGAAAAUUCCAAAAACAUUAGGCGAUUUGCCACUUACUGUGAGUUUUGAUCUUAGGAAUAAUAAUUUAACUGGUGAAAUUCCGCAAACAGGGUCGUUUGCGAAUCAGGGUCCUACUGCAUUUUUGAAUAAUCCGAUGUUGUGUGGAUUUCCAUUACAAAGGACUUGUAAAAAUAAUUCAGAAAAUACACCUGGGAUUCAGAGUGAUUCUCGCAAAAAUGAGGGUAUUAAUGGGAAUAAAGGGUUAAAACCGGGGUUGAUUAUAUUGAUAGCGGCGGCUGAUGCUGUUGGAGUUGCACUUGUAGGAUUAGUGAUUGUUUACUUGUAUUGGAAGAGGAAGGACUCUGGUGGGUGUAGUUGUACUGGGAAAGGGAAGCUUGGGGGAAAUAAGAAGACGGGACUGUGUGUUUUUCCUUGCAUUAGUGGUUCCCCGAGCAAUGACUCGGACGUGGAGUCAGAAAAGGGUGGUGGUGGAGCUAGUGGAGGGAUGAGUAGUGGGGAGGGAGAUCUCGUGGCGAUUGAUAAGGGGUUCAAUUUUGAGUUAGACGAGUUGUUGAGGGCAUCGGCUUAUGUGUUAGGGAAGAGUGGGUUGGGGAUUGUGUACAAGGUUGUGCUUGGAAAUGGAGUGCCUGUGGCUGUGAGGAGGUUGGGAGAAGGCGGGGAACAGAGGUAUAAGGAGUUUGUAGCGGAGGUUCAGGCAAUUGGGAGAGUAAACCAUCCGAAUGUUGUGAAGUUGAGGGCAUAUUACUGGGCACCUGAUGAAAAGCUUCUCAUCAGCGAUUUCAUUUCCAAUGGCAACUUGGCUUCUGCUCUUCGCGGGAAAAAUGGUCAGCUGUCGUCCAGCUUGACAUGGUUAACCAGGCUGAAAAUUGCGAAAGGCACAGCACGGGGCUUGGCCUACCUACACGAAUGUAGCCCGAGAAAAUUUGUUCAUGGAGACAUAAAACCGUCAAACAUUCUCCUCGACAAUGAAUUCCAGCCAUACAUAUCUGAUUUUGGCCUCAAUCGGCUGAUUACCAUCACGGGAAACAACCCUUCCUCCUCCGGGGGCUUCAUUGGUGGUGCCCUUCCAUAUCUAAAAUCAACCCAACCGGAGAAAACCAACAAUUAUCGGGCACCAGAAGCUCGAGUCACCAGUAGCCGACCUACCCAAAAAUGGGACGUCUACUCAUUCGGAGUCGUCUUGCUCGAGAUGCUAACUGGUAAAUCUCCAGAGUUUUCGUCCCCAACCACCUCAACAUCUACAGAGCUCCCAGAUCUCGUAAGGUGGGUAAGGAAGGGAUUCGACGAGGAAAGUCCGCUGUCCGAUAUGGUAGACCCAAUAUUGCUUCGAGAAGUACGCGCCAAGAAGGAAGUACUGGCUGUAUUUCACAUAGCCCUUGCAUGCACAGAGGGAGACCCCGAGGUUCGACCGAGGAUGAAAACUGUUACCGAAAAUCUUGAGAAAGUUGGAUAAUGAGAAAUCAGCAUAAUUAUUGAACUUAUUUUGGUAUAGCUGAAUCUUUUAGUAAUGAGCAAAACUUGUCUGCAAUUUUGGAUGUUUGUCCUAGUAAUUCCUGAAUGUUUGAACAUUCUUUUCACCAAAUUUAUCUAGUUUGUUAGAUUCAUUUCCUAUUGAGUAGCAAUUUGGUUUAUACUUUUGUAAUUUA